UCUAUCUAUCUAUCUAUCUCAUAUUAACAUAGUUAUAGAUUGUAGAAUGAUUUUACUAGAGUAUCUUCUGAUAUGUCCCUAAAUUUGAGUAUAAGUUCUUUGUAUAUAUACUAAAUAGGAGGAACGCAUGAUUUAUAUGCAUAUAUUUUUUAAUUUUCCAUGAAAGGAUGACUUCUGUUAAAUCUUUAAAUCAUUGUACCCUGAACUGCUGGACCAAGAACCUGAUAACAAGUCAAGAAAAUAAUUGUGUCAUUUAACUAGGUACAGUCAUUAAACUUCAUAUUAAACUGCAUAGUAUUGUUGAAAGGAAAUCAAAUAACUACAUUGGCUGGUUGCCUGGUUAGUUAUGUUCUGAGAAGUCAAACUAUGAACUUUACAAUCUAUGCAAAAAUCUAAAUUUGAAUUUUUCCUUCGCUCCACCUAGUUAUCACUUAAUAAGUCGCAAUAAAGAGGAAACAUAAAAAAGGGUAUUACAAAAUACUUGAAAUACAUCUAGAGGAGAAACGGUUUCCAUAACAAGAAAAAGAGGAAAAGGGCAAAUAACGAUGUGUUUGUCUUUUCAACUCAAUUACAAAAAAAAAUCAAGUCAUUGUUUAAUGCCCCUUCCCUUUUUUGAUCUUCUUUGCAAAAGGAUUGAAUUGCCCCAUGGCUUGGGACAGUUGGGGUUUAUUAUUGGGGUUGUUUGGGUUUCAUUGGGUCAUGCCCAGGUCCCCCAGAGCUGUGGUGGAGGCUUGGAGAGGGUGUAUAGUGAGGGCCCAAGCUUGUGAUUAUUGGAGAGUUGCGCCCUUAUGCCUUUGGUGGUGCUUAUGGUUAGAGAGAAAUAGGAGAUCUUUUGAAGGAAUCGAGAAUUCUACUGGGACUCUUAAGUUCUCUAUUAUUAGUGCCCUUUUUUGUUGGGUUCCAGGGAGAAACUGUAAAUCUAUAGAGGAAAUUGUUGAUAUUUUGGGCUCUGAGUGUUUAGAGGCCCUAUUUGGCCUUACGUAGUUUUUUAUUAAUGCGUUCCCUUCUUAUUGCUUUUAUACAAUCUUACUUAUGAAAAAAAAAAAAAAAAAAAAACCGUUCACCAGAGAUAUUGUCAUGGAAUUAUGCAUUGAUACCUCUGCAAUUCCAUAGGUAUAAAUUUUGAGAAUUGCUAAAGUUUUUUGAAUGCUAUUUAGGACUCUUUUGGAUAAUAUAUAGGACAGGGUUUGGUGCAAUGGUAAGGUUGCUCCAUUGUGACAUGAAGGUUUCCGUUUUCUAAAUGGGAAAUAGCCUUCGUAUGCGGAAGCAAGGCUGUGUACGUUGACCCCCUGUAGACUUCGCAAUAACUGAAGCCUCGUGCCCUGGGCUAGCCCUUUUUUAACAAUUAUUUGGAUUGUUGAUAAUGCAUCCUAUCUAUUGUUGAAUGGUGUUGGUCCCAUAGUGAGGACCAUCUCAUCUAACAUACCUUUAAUAUACGUGAAUUUCUAGAUAACUAUAAAAGAGUACAUUUAACAAUGACACUACUUUUAUAUUUUUUUGCCACAUAAGUUUGACAAUUUUAAUUAAUAUGUAACAAAAGUUAUUUCCAUUUAGACUUAUAAAUUAUAUAAAUACUAGACUCAUCCAAAGAAGCUGAAUUUUAUGAUACAUUUAGGUAAGUGAAUGAAGUUCCAAUGAAGAAAUAUGAGAUUUAAAUGAAAUAUUGGUUUUUGAAGUUGGAUUGAGAUGUCCAAAGGAUGUUAGAAUAGAAAUAUAAGUGAUUGAUUUUUUCAAAAUCUUUGUAUAAGUAGCAUCUGGUCAGUAGGAUUUCAAAUGCAUCGUUACAUAUCUUAUCUGAUUUCUACACGUCUAUUUAUUGAAGUUGGAUUUGAAAUUUCACUCCUUAAAUGAUUGAAUAAUUUUAAAUUUCUAAUCCAAAUUGAACUUUGAUAUCUUUUGUUUGGUAUUGAGUGGAAUGAUUCCAUCUGGAACAGGACAAAUUCAUUGCCAUAUUGCUUUGUUUAUGGAAAUUAUGGACUGCAUUCCAUGGCUGUCAUAUUGACGCAGAAAGCUCUGUGCCAUAUUGCUUUCUUUAUGAAAAUUAUGGACCACAUUCCAUUGCUUUCAUAUUGACACGGAAGGUUCUUUUUUUUUUUUUUUCCCUGGAAAAUUACUCCCAAGUACUUCAAGGGAGACUUGAAUCCUCCACCUUUCGCUUUGAAAUAAGAUGAGAUACUACUAGGUCACAUGAUUUUGUGAUGUUUGACACAGAUAGAUUUCACGUUACCUAUUCUGCUAGUUACUACCAGUAGACAAGUGUGGACAAUUUGUCAAUGACUUUGCUUUGUUGUAUGAAUUGACACAAUGAAACUACUUAUUCAGUUCAAAACACACACACACACACACACGCACAAACUGAGGGAGAGAGAAUAUUAAAAAGAGAUGAAACACUUUUUUGCCUUUAAUAUUAUAUUUGUCAAUUUAGUAGCCAUUAGCCAAUAAUUUGGAUAUCUAUUCAGUUUCAAAUAUUUGCAUGGUAAAGAGUAAUCAUACAUUUUCUUUGGUAAUUUAUACAGUUCAAUCAAGUAUUGGACUCUUAUAUGGACAGCCAAUUUAAGUUCGAUCAAGGGCUGGACAAAUCUCCAACCUCGAUCCUCUUUGGCCUCAACUUCUUAUCUUCCAAGUUGUAUCAACUAUCCCCACCUGAGGAUUCUACUUUGGCAAGCUUGUUGGUGAGACCAGUUGCUCCAUUUAACGAGGCUGAAGUGUCGAAGGAAAUUUCUCUUACUAAGGAGAAAUAUGGAUCGGUCCGUCGAGUUUAUAUUGUGAGUGACCAAGAUAAUGUGAUUAAGGAGGAUUUACAGAGGUGGAUGAUAGAGAAUAAUCCAACGGAUGAGGUGAAGGUGAUCUCCGGUUCAGAUCACAUGGUGAUGUUCUCCAAGCCUCAGGAGCUCUGCACCUGCCUGCAGGAGAUUGUUGUGAAUUAUUGCUGAUUCAUUGUGUCACUCCUACCUAGCAAGUAACUUCGGAUAUGUUGAAUCCUUCGCAAAUUACACAUAUUAUUUAAAUUCUUGUAUUUUUGCACCCGGUAAGAAUUGAAGAACUUUGAACGUCCGAGUUUACGGUCUCCCCAUAAAUAUUAAUGAUUUGACAUACACGUGAAGAUUA